UCAACCCUUUAGACUGAGCCCCCCGCCACGCCACCCUCACCAUCGCCAUGGCCGCUGUCUCCAAGCUCCUCUCUUCCAUCCUUCCCUCAAAAUCAUCACCACCACAGCCAUCACCAUCAUCAUCAAACCUUCCUCUGCCACCAUGUGUCUCUCUUCCCAAAACCCCAUCUUGGAGGGCCCCACUGGUGGCCACCUGGACCCCAUCAUCAACUCCUUCUUCCUCAUCUUUAGCCAGUAUAUUGUGGCCCUCACUCGCAUACUCAAACACCCUCUUCUUCAAAUCAGCGUACAACGUUCAGAUCGUAGUGCAAGACAACGAUUCCGAGGAAAAGCUUGUUGGGAGGUUCAGAAAGGAGGUUCUGAGGGCUGGUGUGUUGCAAGAGUGCAAGACCAGGAGGUUCUUCGAGAACAAACGGGAGAAGAAGCAGAGAAAGACUAGACAGGCUGCCAGAAAGAACCGCAAAAGGUAUCCACAGUCAAAAGAUCCAAGGCAGGACAAACCGGAAGCGAGGAUAAAUGAUGACAAUGAAGACGAUAACUGGGACUACGAUGUAGAACUUCCAUAUCAUUGAUAUGCAAGGACCUUUGACAUCCAUUGUUAUUGGAGAUCAAAUGCCUGCACCCUCAAUAUAUUUAGAGGGUUUGAUUUAUGUUCAAACUCUUCUUUGGCGAUAUGAAUCACAGAUACCCAACUUGAGCAUAGGAGGAUAGACAAUGAAAUCAAAAUUCAGAAUGUGGCUUUUAUAAGAGAUUGCUUUUACCUCAA